AUGGCUGCACCUGGAGCAACCUCCCUGAUGUUUACAGAUUCAACAAACACACCUGCGCUGCCGACCCAUCUCGGUGUCUGCGAUGCCGUCGGCUCCCAACAGAGGGGUACUCAUCCAUUACACGAGCUCUCUCUCCAAAUCUGCGUGAAGACAGAAGUUGAGAGUCAAUCAUGCUGCUCCUGCUAGGUGCAUGCAAGAGUGCACAUGAAGGAGCCGCACCACUCCUCAGGGCAUAAGCCAAAGCUCCAACAGCCGGUAUCGCAACGAAACUGAGCGGAACAGCCCCCGUGAACCCCUUCCUCUUUCGGCGAGGCAUUUCGCGCUGGUUUGGUCGUCCACGCACUUCCUUUUGCGCUGUCUCGCUGUCUCGGACUCGGUCUAUGCAUGCGUUGCUCGUUCGCCUUCCCCAACAGCCAAACACCCGGGUUGCAAGUCCCACAAAGAGAAAAAAAUAAUGACAAAGGGGCUCCGCGAAACUCGAUGGUACCCCGCGUAAGCCCCCAUUAUGAGUUGCUCCAGCGCAUCAUCUGGUGCACAUCUUUGUCACUGCUGGUGCUCCUCACACAGAUCGCCAAGUGCCAUGAAACCUGCAGGACACCUCAAGCAUGUUGUGUUCUACACGCGCAGACAUUUGAUUGGGCCUGGUUUCGCUCAAAACCUGGCAAAUGCCGUGCUGUCAACAGUGAGAGAGCUGCUGCUUCAAGCCCGUUCCGCAGCCUCAGCACCAAAAUUCACGCUGCUGGACGCGGGCGAAGGAGUUGACAAACUCGCUCGAAACUUCGCCAGAGUGGAUACCAUAGGCAUAUGUUGCAUUGAGGGGUUGGAAAUAUUUGGGAUCGCCACUGCGAGGGCGUUCCAGUGACGCACUCUAUCGCCCAUAUGUUGACUUAACACGCCCGACACGUCUACCUCCAAAUUUGUUGGAUACAUAUCUCCGGCAAGUUCCCCCGCAAUUUGACCUGUAAAGCUCUAGACGCGCUCGAAAAACGACCCCGCCCAACUUUUUGAUGGUACCACGCUGUAGAGACAUGUCUAACGUUGCCAUAGAAGGUUGGCCACAUUCGGAAUCGCACCACAGCCGGAGCUAAUGACGAAUAACGGCCUCUCCCAUAGGUUUUAGGAGCUUGUGGGGGCUCCGCGUGAUCGAUGUCUUAUCGAAUCGAAAAAAAAGCAGAAGUUUGCCGAGACAGAGGCGUUGAAAUCUGAGUUUUGUGGAGAGCGGAAGGUGAAAUACUAGUUGGCCAAUCAGAGAGCAGCAGCAUGGAGUCAGCGUAAGUUCCUGAAAUCUAACAAGAUGAGUAGCAUGGUUGUUGCACUUGCUGGUCUGUCCCAAACAAGCAAGAUAGCGUGAGGCUGCCGCAGCCAAGAGGUAUUUCGGAGAUCUAUUCCUUUCAGAAUGGGGAGCCCAGUUCGGCCAUGCGCGAGCUGUGCUCCAAGACGCUGGGUCGAGCUCGGCGUGGUAGAGGAAACCACCCACCAUCCAUGAUAGUCCCGACGUGGACCUGAGGUGGGCCAUGCGUGAGAUGUGCUCCGAGAGGCUGGGUUACCGGUUGUCGUGUGCGUGAGAAUCGGACGCGUGCCCUUCAUGGACUUCCUGGUGUGUGGGCGAUGUGGAAGUAUCGCAGCCCCUUUUGUCGGUCGUCGAAAGGCGAAAAAUUUCCAGUUCGGAGAGGUGCCGCGUGUACACGGGCGAGGCAGGGGCCUCCCCAACCUGUUGAGUACGGGGGGGGUGCAGUAGAUGUGAUGAUUGUACUCCUGUCAUGCUACCCUCCUUUUCCCUCGUCUGCCCGGUUGGUCGCGUUUGGUGCCGGGGAGGGGCGGUGGUCCUCGUGGACCCGGCGUCAUGCGACGGAGGCGCUGCGGCAAGUUCUGUCGUUGGCGGGUCUGCCGGCGUCGGAGUACGCGUUGCAUUCCCUUCGGGUUGGGGGCGCCACGUACUUGGCAGCGGGGAGAGCGUCGCCAGACGUUGUGCGACGAGAAGGGAGAUGGGCUGGGGAAACGAGGUAUCGGCCGUAUGUAAGGAACCAUGGGAAGGAUGCAGAGUGGUUUUCAAUUCAAGUACACUAGCGUCUGAGGGUGAUGUGGUGAGGCAACCGGGACAGGGCACAGAAUGGGGAGAUGUUGUCCCGAGCGCCGGUGAAGGGAUGCCAUAGAGGUGCU